UUGAAUCUAUACCCAUCUGUCUCUUUCUCUGGCUCUGUUAUAUCUCUAUAUAUAGUCCCAUCCUUUCACUGUUCUGCUGCACCAAAAGCAAAAGGCUGUUUACACGCCUCUGGCUGCUAAAGCUCAAGCCAUUUUCUGCUCUUCUUUUCCUUCCGUUUUGCUUUUUGGGUUUUCUCAGAAGCCAAACACACAAGGGAAGAAAAACCCAGAAAGGAGGUGGGAAAGCUGAGAACUUUGGUUGGUUCGGAAAAACAAAAGACGAUGGGUGGUGAAAAAGAUGAUGGUUUGGGGUUGAGCUUGGGCUUGGGAUGUGCUCAAAAUCACCCUUCUUGGAAGUUAAAUCGCAUGCCUUUAGCUUCACCCCGCAUGCAAAAUCUUCAGCGGAAGAACACUUGGAAUGAGCUGUUUCAAUCUUCUGAUCGAAACCUGGAUACGAGAUCAUUUCUUCGAGGGAUAGAUGUGAACCGGGCACCUGCAACGGUUGAUUGCGAGGAGGAAGGUGGGGUCUCGUCGCCCAACAGCACCAUUUCUAGCAUAAGUGGGAAGAGAAACGAGAGAGACCUUGUGGGUGAUGAAACUGAGGCCGAGAGAGCGUCUUGCUCUCGUGCCAGCGAUGAUGAAGACGGCGGUGCCGGUGGCGAUGCGUCGAGAAAAAAGCUUAGGCUCUCAAAGGAACAGUCCUUGCUGCUUGAAGAAACCUUCAAGGAGCAUAGCACUCUUAAUCCGAAGCAAAAGUUGGCACUGGCAAAGCAAUUGAAUCUGAGGCCUAGGCAAGUGGAGGUCUGGUUCCAGAACAGAAGGGCCAGGACAAAGUUGAAGCAGACGGAAGUUGACUGUGAGUAUCUAAAGAGAUGUUGCGAGAAUCUGACCGAGGAGAAUAGGCGGCUGCAGAAGGAAGUGCAAGAGCUUAGAGCUUUGAAACUCUCCCCACAGCUCUACAUGCACAUGAACCCUCCCACAACCCUCACUAUGUGCCCUUCUUGUGAACGUGUGGCGGUUUCUUCCUCCUCCUCCGCAGCAGCUGCUGCUUCCUCCACCCCAACGUCGACCGUCCCAAACCGUCACCACCGGACGAGUCCCGUUAGUCCUUGGGCAGCAAUGCCAAUUAGUCAUCGUCCCUUCCAUGCCCCUGCAUCUAGAUCAUAAAUAGGAUAAACCAUGUUUUCUCAUUUGGGAAAGAUACAUAAUCAAUGAUGGUGGUUACUGGUUAGGAUACCAUUUUUUUUUCUUCAAAUCCUUGUUUCCUUUUGGACUAAAGAGAGGACAAAAGAAAAAGAGAAGAGGAUGUAAAGGGUUGGACUGGUGACAGAAAUUUCUGUUUAUAAAUAGAAAGCAGGGAGAUAAGGAAAUAUAACAGAAAGAAUCUGAAUCCCUUUCGGUUAUAUUAUUGUGAUCUGUUGCUGGCAAAGUGAGAAAAAACAUAGAAAUGAAAGGAAAGGGGACAACAUCUACGGAUUCUAACUUUGUUCACCACUUUUUACUUAUCAGUAGCUUUUUCCAUGUGAAUGGUUUUGUCCAAUUUAACUUUGAUCAGAUUCCAGGAUUCUGUCAAACUCUUUGCAACAAUGACUGCAGGUUAAUGGUUAUGGCUACUUAAACCUAGAAGGACUGCACAGCAAAUCUAACUACUAAUUCCUUUAGUGAUCUUCAUCAUGUCAUUCAAUACCUCCAACGGUGCAUGUCCCCAAAUACAAACCAAAAUGGGCAGUUGGUUUUACUCUUUCUAGUUCCUUUCCUCUUUAUACCUGAACAAAUCUGUCCAAAUCAAAAGAGAUAAAUGUUAGAGAAUAUUACCCAUCUUUUAAAUGAUUCAUAAAGGAAGCAAGGAAGCUAGGGACGGAGCCUAGUCCUUUAGGAAGCAAAGGGGUACCGAUGCUCAGCCUAGCUAAAGAGUUCUCUCAGCCACAAAUUAUCAUCUUAAAGGGUACUGCUGCUUUAAGCCCAAAGACUAAGAGUAACUGAAAGUUUGGCUGCAGAAGCUUCCCAUCACUAUAAUUUCAUCACUUAAUAGCAUGUUUGGUUGAGAGAAUGCCUUUCCUCGUUUGGUUAUCAGAUGACUCAAUGCAAUCUCUAUUCUCCAAAUUAAUCAAUCCCAACCCUUAUAUGAUAUUUGCUAUUCCACGAGCGGGGAAUAAGCUAUGGAGCGUUUUAAAGGGUCUAACAGUGGCUUCGGAGUCAGGGCAUAGAAGAAUUGACUUGCAAAUUGACAAUAGCACAGUCAUGAAAGGUAUAAAUCCAGCAUCAACAGGCAUCAGCCAUAAUUAUAAUCUAAUUCAGGCGAUUAGGAGAUUGCUUCUGAAACAGUGAAUCAUAGAAAUUAAACACAUCUUUUGUGAAGGAAACAUAGUUGCAGACUGUACAAGAUAACACAAGGAUAAUUUUAUGUUAUUUGAUGUUCCUGCUUCAGAGAUUAAUUCUUUUCUAUUACACCAUGUAGCUGAACUCAACUUAUCAAGCUAAUAAAUAAUAGUCUUCAUUCAAAAAAAAAAAAUCUAAAAUUAAUAAGACAAAAAUACCCCUUACAAGUGAAAAUGGAAAAAAAAUAAAAAUAAAAUGUUUAAGUUUUUAAUUAUAUAUUGUAAAAAAUUAAUAUUUAAAAUUUAAAAAUUAUUUUUACUACCCAUACAUUGCAAUAAAACAUAACAAUUCCUACCUUAUUUCAUUUUGUCAACUAAACUAUAUAAUAACAUUCUCAUUCUAUUCAUACCUUAUUCUUUUUCACAUAAUAAUUAUGUUAUUCCACGAAUUAAAUGUACUAUUAAAUUUUAACAAGUGUUUGUAGGCACCCGAUAAUUGGACAUCAGAAGCAUUCAAUACAAUAAUAACUGCAUUAGGGAUGAAAGUCGUCAAUAAUACACUUAGUUUCAACAUUGAGCAACUACUUUUCUCAUAAUUAAGUCCUACAAACAAUAAUUAAGUCGUAGAUAAGUCUUCCCACUCUACUUUCUCUACUUUAGCUAAGCUAAACCUUCCUAGUUCUAUACAUGCAUUUUUGGUUGAUUUGUCAGCUUGUUUAGCACAUUCUAGCAUGCCUAAAAAAAUAUCCAUAGGGAACAAGAACAAGCAAGAAACGAACAAAGACUUACCAAGGGAAAAAACCAGAUAAGAAACAGGACAUUAAGAUAAAAACAGAGAACACACUCUUGCCUGAGACUGUAUCAGUAAUAGACAUCUAAAAGUUUGAGUCAGUGGAGGAUUUUCGUUUGUUUGUAUCUCAAACUCUCUUUUCUUCCAAUUUCCUAGCA